AUGAAUCGCGGACGCGGCAAGGACUUCUACGCCGCCCUCGGGCUGCAGCGCGGCGCGGACGAGAACGACGUGCGCAAGGCGUACAGGAAACUCGCGAUGAAGUGGCACCCGGAUAAAAACCCCGACGACAAGGAUGGACGCGCGGAGAAGAAGUUUAAAGAAGUCUCCGAGGCGUACGAAGUGCUGUCGGAUCCGAAGAAGAAGGAGCUGUACGACACGUACGGCGAGGAUGGAUUAAAAGAUGGGGGCGGGAUGCCGGGAGGAGGGUUCUCGGCGCAGCACGCGGAGGAUAUAUUCGCGAAUUUUUUCGGCGGCGGCGGCGGCGGGUUUCCGGGGGGCGGCGGCUUCGGCGGCGGAUUUCCGGGAGGCGGCGGAUUUCCGGGAGGCGGGGGAUUCGGCGGACAUCCUGGGUUCGGUGGAAUGCCGGGUGGUGGUGGGUUCGGGGGACAGGAUUUUCGCGAGCCGCCGCAGAAACAGCGUAAGAAGGCGCCGAAGAUUGAGCAGACGCUCAGGCUGUCGCUCGAGGAGCUGUUUUACGGAACGCAAAAGAAUUUCAGCGUCACGCGAAAGGUGAUUCGAAACGGUCGGCAGGAGAGCGUGCAAGAGACGCUUCCGAUCGAUGUUAAGCCCGGGUGGAAGAGCGGGACGAAGAUUACGUUUCAGGAGAAAGGGGACGAAACCCCGACGACGAUCGCCGCCGACAUCGUCUUCACGUUGGAGCAAAAACCGCACCCGCAGUUUGAGCGCGAGGGCAACGAUCUCGUGAAGACGGUCAAGGUUGAUUUGAACGAAGCCUUACUCGGAACGUCGUUCAGCGUGUACACCUUGGACGGGAAGGCGAUGGACGUCAAGGUCGACGACAUCAUCUCCCCGACCUUCGUCAAGGUGUUGCCGGGCGAAGGCAUGCCGCUGAGCAAGUCCCCCGGCGAGCGCGGCGACUUGAAGAUCAAGUUUCACAUUCGUUUCCCGAAAUCGCUCGGCGACGACCAAAGGAACGCUUUGCGCGACGCGCUCGCGGGCGCGACGUAUUGAAAAUGUAGCUCGUGUAAGUAACGCUUUAGGACGGACAAACCGCGCGUCGCGUCGCGUCGACUAAAAAGAUGCGCUUCUCGUUGAUUAAAAAUUCUCGGCGUACGUCCUCUUAAAAACAUCCACCUCCUCCGAUCUAGAUCGUUCAUUCUCAAGUCAAACGAAGCACGCGCGCUAUUUUCCGCGACCUAACAGGAGUGCGUCUUCGUGCUGACGAACGCGACUCGUAAACGCGCUUCGUCUCGACCGAGCGUUUACUUCUCCGGGCGCAUGCCCAAGCCCUUGCCCUUGAGCACGGCGGCUUCGUUCGUCUUCUUGUCGCCUCGCUUCUUCGACUUAUCGUAGUACUCUUGCGAGAAACCACCCGAGACGUUACCCUCGGACGACGACUUGACGUACAAGACGAUCAAAAACGCCGUCGGAAUGAUGAUGAAGAGCGCCGUCGCGAUGACGCCCAAAAUGUUCACGUCCGCGAGCGCGACUUGCUCGAGCGCUUCGCUCGCCGCGAACGCCGGCGCGGCGAUCGCCGCCGGCGUCGCCGCGACCGCGGUCGUUCGCACUUUUUGCUGCGCCUUCGUCGUCGUCGCCGCCUUGGGCGCGACGACGCGCUUGGUCGCGGUUCGCCGCGUCGCGGCGCGCGCCGCGAGCGGGAUCAAUCCGGUGUUCAACGCGAGGACGGCCAUGGCG